ACAGCCCCUAACUAAAUCUAGCGGCAAGGCAACCACCUCUCUCUCUCUCUCUCUCUCUCUCUCUCUCUCUCUCUCUCUCUCUCUCUCUCUCUCUCUACCUGUCUCACUUCAUAACAGCUCAGAAGUUUUCUUUCUCACAUUCAAAAUCGUCACUCCAGGAUUGAUUGAGAAGGAAGCUAAUCAAUCGGUUUCUCACUUUUUAAAACUCAAGGAGGAGAUCUGAAAGUUCUUCUUUUGUUUCUUCUGGAUCGAUCCUCUUCCACUCUCUUCAUCGUCUUUAUCAAUCGAAGUAUAAUCUAAUCUAGAAUCGAUCUUCUGGUAAAAUAGACUUUUGGCAUCUUCGAUUCGAAAGAUCGUGACUUUGGAAGAUGAUCGAGCUUAUUUUUAUGAUACUGAUCAAUUAUGUUACAGUUAGCUUCUCCACGAAUAGAUGUUAAGUUUUAAAAAAAUAAGAUUUUUGUGACAUGGAGUAAGAAUGCGAGAGUUAAGAAGUGGAGCUAGGAGAUCGAGACGCAUUGAAGAUCAUCAGCCUAACCCUCAGCUACUUCAAAACAUCCUACUUCCUCCUCCUCCUCCUCAGACUGCUACAACAAGGAGAAGAGGUGGUGGUAGAGGAAGAGGGAAUGCUGCUUUAGCUAAAGCCGCGGCUGUACCUCCUAGACCAACAACUGCUGCUGCCGGUAGGGGGAGGGGUAUCAGGUUGACUGACUUAGAGCCUGAGCCUUGUGAGGUUCUUCCAGCUGCUGGUGUCUUAGGGGCAGCUGAUAAGGAUCUUGCUGCUGAAGGCGGCAGUCCAGAGAAAAUAGCAGGCAUGGAAGAAGAUUCCAGUAUGGGUCCUGUCCCUGAAAGGGUACAAGUUGGAAACUCUCCUGUUUAUAAGACGGAGAGGAAACUCGGUAAGGGUGGCUUUGGUCAAGUUUAUGUUGGCAGAAGGGUGAGUGGUGGCAGUGACAGGAUUGGAGCUGAUGCAAUUGAGGUAGCUCUGAAACUUGAACACAGAAAUAGUAAAGGAUGCAACUUUGGCCCACCUUACGAGUGGCAAGUGUACAAUACGCUUAAUAGCUGUUAUGGAAUUCCUGCUGUGCAUCAUAAGGGUCGUCAAGGAGAUUUUUAUAUCCUGGUCAUGGACAUGCUUGGUCCUAGCCUUUGGGAUGUUUGGAAUUCUUUAGCUCAAUCGAUGUCACCAAACAUGGUAGCGUGCAUUGCAGUGGAAGCGAUAUCUAUUCUUGAGAAACUGCAUAUGAAGGGGUUUGUGCAUGGAGAUGUGAAACCAGAAAACUUUUUACUUGGUCAGCCUGGAACAGCAGACGAGAAGAAACUAUACCUUAUCGAUCUUGGUCUAGCAUCAAGAUGGAAAGAUUCACACUCUGGCCCGCAUGUUGAAUAUGAUCAAAGACCUGAUGUAUUCAGGGGAACGAUACGGUAUGCAAGUUGUCAUGCACAUCUUGGUCGUACCGGAAGUCGGAGGGAUGAUCUGGAAUCAUUGGCCUAUACAUUAAUAUUUUUGAUGCGGGGGAGGUUGCCAUGGCAAGGGUACCAGGGUGACAACAAGAGCUUUCUUGUGUGCAAGAAAAAGAUGUCAACAUCUCCUGAACUGAUGUGCUGUUUCUGUCCUCCCCCGUUCAAGCUUUUCCUCGAGGUAGUUACCAACAUGAAGUUUGACGAGGAGCCUAACUACGCCAAGCUUAUCUCGAUUUUUGAUUCUCUCAUCGAGCCGUGUGCUGUAUCUAGACCGAUUAGAAUUGAUGGGGCUCUGAAGGUUGGCCAAAAACGAGGAAGAUUGCUUAUCAAUUUGGAAGAGGAUGAACAGCCGAGGAAGAAAAUCAGAAUCGGCAGUCCUGCUACUCAGUGGAUUUCAGUCUAUAAUGCACGUCGUCCUAUGAAACAGAGAUAUCAUUACAAUGUUGCGGAGACAAGGCUGCCUCAGCAUGUAGAGAAAGGUAACGAGGAUGGCCUUUACAUCAGCUGUGUAGCAUCAGCAGCUAAUCUCUGGGCCCUUAUCAUGGAUGCUGGGACUGGGUUCAGCUCUCAAGUGUAUGAAUUGUCCACAGUCUUCUUGCACAAGGACUGGAUCAUGGAACAAUGGGAAAAGAACUACUAUAUCAGUUCCAUAGCUGGUGCUAAUAACGGGAGCUCGUUGGUCGUUAUGUCAAAAGGAACUCCAUAUACCCAGCAAUCUUACAAAGUCAGCGACUCAUUCCCAUUCAAAUGGAUAAACAAAAAGUGGAAAGAAGGGUUUCAUGUAACCUCCAUGACCACUGCUGGGAGUCGUUGGGGUAUAGUAAUGUCCAGAAACUCAGGCUAUUCCGAACAGGUUGUGGAGCUGGACUUUUUGUACCCAAGUGAAGGAAUCCAUAGAAGAUGGGAGAGUGGAUUCAGGAUAACAUCAAUGGCUGCAACGGCAGAUCAAGCAGCUCUUAUAUUGAGCAUACCUAAACGAAAAAUAACCGAUGAAACCCAAGAGACUCUUCGCACUUCUGCUUUCCCAAGCACCCAUGUCAAGGACAAAUGGGCGAAAAAUCUGUACAUUGCAUCAAUAUGCUAUGGUCGGACCGUUUGUUGAGUAAACGCCGAGUCUACUCUCGCCCUUGCUAUAGGUUUCAGGGAUGAUUUUCUCUAUGAAGCCUUAUUACUACGUGAAGCUUUAGUUUCAGUACAAUCCAAAGGUAAAACCUCAACCAGGAGCCAACCUUAUGUGUAUUGAAAUGAAACUUCUCUCUUGUAUGUAUGUAGCAAGUACAAGAUAAAAGUAACAUGAAAAAUAAAACAGAUGAGAUACAUUAUUAUUAAUAGAAUUGAAGAGCAUAUUGUUUAAUACCUUAUUGUUUUAAUGAACAUAUAAAUCGGAGAAAAGGCUUUAAUCUUU